GCUCCCCGCCCCCUCCGCGCUGGGAGACCGAGACCGAGCCGGAGCCCGAGGACAGCGAGGGGCGCGGGCGGCGGAGGAGGCUGCGGGGGAGGGAGGAGGAUGCGGCGGGUGCCGUGGGGCCGCCGCCGCCUCUGAGCCGCGCCGAGCGCACGGAGCUCAGCCGCGUCGCUGCGGCCCCGGUCGCGCCAUGGGGAAGGAGCAGGAACUGGUGCAGGCGGUGAAGGCGGAGGACGUGGGGACCGCGCAGAGGCUGCUGCAGAGGCCGCGGCCCGGAAAGGCCAAGCUCCUGGGCUCCACCAAGAAGAUCAAUGUCAAUUUCCAAGACCCAGAUGGCUUUUCUGCCCUGCACCACGCAGCCCUGAAUGGCAACACGGAAUUGAUCACCCUGCUGCUGGAGGCCCAGGCUGCUGUGGACAUCAAGGACAACAAAGGCAUGCGGCCGCUACACUAUGCGGCCUGGCAGGGCCGGAAGGAGCCCAUGAAGCUGGUGCUGAAGGCGGGCUCAGCGGUGAAUGUCCCGUCUGAUGAGGGCCACAUCCCCCUGCACUUGGCGGCCCAGCAUGGUCACUACGACGUGUCUGAGAUGCUGCUCCAGCACCAGUCCAACCCGUGCAUGGUGGACAACUCGGGGAAGACGCCCCUGGACCUUGCCUGUGAGUUCGGCCGCGUUGGGGUGGUCCAGCUGCUCCUGAGCAGCAACAUGUGUGCGGCCUUGCUAGAGCCCCGGCCAGGGGACACAACCAACCCCAAUGGCACCAGCCCCCUGCACCUGGCAGCCAAGAAUGGCCACAUCGACAUCAUCAGAGGGCUCUCUGUGCAGGGCCCUGCCUGCUCCUCCUACCUCCCUGUCAGACUCCUCCUCCAAGCUGGCAUUGACAUUAACCGCCAGACCAAGUCCGGCACGGCCCUGCACGAGGCCGCACUCUGUGGGAAGACGGAAGUGGUUCGGCUGCUGCUCGAUAACGGGAUCAAUGCCCACGUGAGGAACACUUACAGCCAGACAGCCCUGGACAUCGUGCACCAAUUCACCACCUCCCAGGCCAGCAAAGAGAUCAAGCAGCUGCUGCGAGAGGCCUCGGCAGCCCUGCAGGUCCGGGCAACCAAGGAUUAUUGCAACAAUUACGACCUGACCAGCCUCAACGUGAAAGCCGGGGACAUUAUCACAGUCCUCGAGCAGCAUCCAGACGGCCGGUGGAAGGGCUGUAUCCAUGACAACAGGACAGGCAAUGACCGUGUGGGCUACUUCCCUUCCUCCCUGGGCGAGGCCAUCGUCAAGCGAGCAGCAGGUUCCCGAGCAGGUGCCGAACCAAGCCCACCCCAGGGAUGCAGCUCAGCAGGGCCCUCUGCACCCCCCGAGGAGAUCUGGGUGCUGAGGAAGCCAUUUGCAGGCGGGGACCGCAGUGGCAGCUUGAGCAGUGUGGCCAGUGGCAGUGGCCGGAGCAGCGGGGGCCACACCCUGCACGCAGGCUCUGAAGGGGUCAAGCUCCUGGCCACGGUGCUCUCCCAGAAGUCUGUCUCCGACUCCAGCCCCGGGGACAGCCCUGUCAAGCCUCCGGAGGGCUCUUCAGGUGCCACCCGGUCCCAGACUCCAGUGACCCAUGCCGGGCAGGUCUAUGGGGAGCAGCCAUCCAAAAAGCUGGAGACAGCAUCGGAGGGCAAGGGCGCCGAGGCUGUCAGCCAGUGGCUUGCCACGUUCCAGCUGCAGCUCUACGCCCCCAACUUCAUCAGCGCUGGCUAUGACCUGCCCACCAUCAGCCGCAUGACCCCUGAGGACCUCACGGCCAUCGGGGUCACCAAGCCAGGCCACCGGAAGAAGAUCACUGCAGAGAUCAGCGGCCUGAGCAUCCCCGACUGGCUGCCUGAGCACAAACCCGCUAACCUGGCCAUGUGGCUGUCCAUGAUUGGCCUGGCUCAGUACUACAAGGUGCUGGUGGACAACGGCUACGAGAACAUCGACUUCAUCACCGACAUCACCUGGGAAGACCUGCAGGAGAUCGGCAUCACCAAGCUGGGACACCAGAAGAAGUUGAUGCUGGCAGUGAGGAAACUGGCAGAGCUGCAGAAGGCAGAGUAUGCCAAGUAUGAGGGGGGACCCCUGCGCCGGAAGGUACCACAGUCACUUGAAGUGAUGGCCAUCGAGUCGCCACCCCCACCCGAGCCUGCCCCGGCUGACUGCCAGUCUCCUAAGAUGACCACCUUCCAGGACAGUGAGCUCAGCGGUGAGCUGCAGGCUGCCCUGACGGGCCCGGAUGAAGGGGCUGCCGCUGCCGCUGCCCCUACUGAGAAGCCCUCCAACCACCUGCCGCCCACCCCAAGGGCCUCCAUGCGGCAGGAGCCCAGCCUGGGUGGGCGGGCACGGCACAUGAGCAGUUCUCAGGAGCUGCUGGGCGAUGGGCCCCCAGGGCCUGGCAGCCCCAUGUCACGAAGCCAGGAGUACCUGCUGGAGGAGGGGCCGGCCCCGGGUACCCCCCCCAAGGAGGCCCGGCCCAGCCGCCACGGCCACAGCGUCAAGCGGGCCAGUGUGCCCCCAGUGCCUGGCAAGCCGCGGCAGGUCCUUCCACCAGGUACCAGCCACUUCACGCCCCCCCAGACUCCCACCAAAGCCCGGCCAGGCUCCCCGCAAGCCCUGGGGGGGCCUCAUGGCCCAGCCCCAGCCACAGCCAAGGUGAAGCCCACCCCACAGCUGCUGCCACCAAUGGAGCGACCCAUGUCACCUCGCUCGCUGCCUCAGUCACCCACACACCGUGGCUUUGCCUACGUGCUGCCCCAACCCGUGGAGAGCGAGGCAGGGCCGGCUGCUCCGGGGCCUGCGCCUGUGGCCGUGCCUGCGCCUGUGCCCACGCUGUGCCUGCCCCCUGAGGCCGACAUGGAGUCAGGGCGGCCCAAGAAGCGCGCCCACAGCCUGAAUCGCUAUGCGGCGUCUGACAGCGAGCCAGAGCGGGACGAGCUGCUGGUGCCGGCCGCAGCGGGGCCCUACGCCACAGUCCAGCGGCGCGUGGGCCGCAGCCACUCGGUGCGGGCACCUGCUGGCACUGACAAGAACGUCAACCGCAGCCAGUCGUUCGCUGUGCGGCCGCGAAAGAAGGGCCCCCCCCCACCCCCGCCCAAGCGCUCCAGCUCAUCCAUGGCCAGUGCCAACCUGGCUGAUGAGUCAGUGCCAGAUGCGGAGACUGAGGUGGCUGGGGCCGAGGACGGCCGGCUGGGGGUCCGGGCACAGCGCCGGCGGGCUAGUGACCUGGCUGGCAGUGUGGACACAGGAAGCGCUGGCAGCGUGAAGAGCAUUGCAGCCAUGCUCGAGCUGUCAUCCAUUGGGGGUGGGGGCCGGGCAGCCCGCAGGCCCCCUGAGGGCCACCCCAUGCUUCGCCCCGCCAGCCCAGAGCCAGGCCGGGUGGCAACGGUGUUGGCCUCGGUGAAGCACAAGGAGGCCAUUGGGCCUGAUGGCGAGAUGGUGAACCGGCGCCGCACACUGAGUGGGCCUGUCACAGGACUUCUGGCCACUGCUCGCCGGGGUCCGGGAGAGCCAGGGGGGCCUGCAGAUCACGGCCACUUUGUGGAAGAUGGCGCUACCCGGCAGCGGCCUCGAGGUCCAGCCAAGGGUGAGGCGGGUGUGGAGGGCCCACCACUGGCCAGGGUGGAGGCCAGUGCCACGCUCAAGAGGCGCAUCCGAGCCAAGCAGAGCCAGCAGGAGAAUGUCAAGUUCAUCCUCACUGAGUCUGACACGGUCAAGCGCCGGCCCAAGGCCAAGGAGAGGGAGGCAGGUCCCGAGCCUCCCCUACCACUGCUGUCCGUGUACCAGAAUGGAACAGGCACUGUGCGCCGCCGUCCGGCCUCUGAGCAGGCUGGGCCCCCAGAGCUGCCCCCGCCCCCGCCACCCGCUGAGCCCCCGCCCUCUGACCUGUUGCACCUGCCCCCGCUGCCCCCGCCAGACAGUGAUGCCCGGAAGCCGGCCAAGCCACCUGUCUCUCCCAAGCCCAUUCUGGCUCAGCCCGUGCCCAAGAUCCAGGGCUCACCCACACCUGCCUCCAAGAAGGUGCCACUGCCAGGUCCUGGCAGCCCAGAGGUGAAGCGUGCCCACGGCACGCCGCCGCCCGUGUCUCCCAAGCCGCCACCACCGCCCACGGCGCCCAAGCCGGCCAAGGCAGCGGCGGGGCUGCAGUCGGGCAGCGCCAGCCCGUCGCCCUCGCCGGCACGCCAGCCGCCUGCUGCCCUCACCAAGCCCGCCAGCACGCCACCCUCGCUGAGUGCCAGCCCGGCCAGGCCCCCGUCCCCCGGUGUGCCCGCGCUGCACGUGCCUGCCAAGCCGCCGCGCGCUGCUGCAGCGGCAGCCGGGCCCCCCGCCGCGCCCGACGGCGCCUCGCCGGGGGACAGCGCCUCGCCGGGGGACAGCGCCAGGCAGAAGCUUGAGGAGACAAGCGCGUGCCUGGCGGCGGCGCUGCAAGCCGUAGAAGAGAAGAUCCGGCAGGAGGACGCGCAAGGCUCGCGCCCCUCGGCCGCCGAGAAGAGCACCGGCAGCAUCCUGGACGACAUUGGCAGCAUGUUUGACGACCUGGCCGACCAGCUGGACGCCAUGCUGGAGUGACGCGGCCGCCCAAGUUCGGCCCACCCGCGCCGCCUGGGCUCCGGCCCGCACACUGACCUUUACCUCAGGAUGGGUACCUCUGGGGGCGGCGCGAGCGGGCAGGGCGGUGGACCAAGGGGGAGGGGCGCAGGGGGCAGCCCGCUAGGCAGCCGCGGGCACGAGGCGGGGGUGGGCCGUUCUGUCCAGCCCCCGCACAAGCACAACUCCUGCCCCUGGGCCCAGCUUGGAGGACUGCCUGGUUGGUGGGCCCAAGGGCUCUGGGCAGAUGCUGCUGCCUUGUGGGUGCCCUUCCUUAUCUGCUGCUCCCUGUGCAAUAACUGCUGGGCCACCUGCCCGCCCACCACCAGGCUCUGCCCGCUGUGGGUGGAGGAGGGGAAACUCCUGAACCCCCUGCCCUGAGUCCAGGUUGGGUCCACCCUGGGAGGCAGCGGGAGGGGGGCAGCUGCUGUAGCCCCCUCCCCAAUCUGUGGCAGAGCACAGGCCUAUGCCCAGCACAGAACUGCCCAUUGGGGACCUCUGCCAGCCACUCCAACGCAGCACAAGGGGCUGGGGUUGGGCCCUCUGCCCCACUGCACCCCCCUCCCUAAAUAUAAGCUAUUGAAGAGUAUUAAUUUAUUGGGAAUAAGCUGAGGCAGAUUUCCCCAGAGAAACAAAAAGGUAUAACUUUAACAAAUAUAUAUUUAAAGAAAGAAGAAAUAUUAUUGAUUCUAUAGAAAACCAUUUACCAACUGCAAGGACGCUGGAGUCCAGCUCAAGACAAAAGCUGUUAGAGGCCCCGGCCAUCUGUCUGUGUAUCCUUCCCUCCCUCUGUCCAGGAGUGGCCAGACCCCUGGGCCCAGUAGCACCAACGGGAGGCUGGGGUCUGGGGGAGGGGUCUGUGCUCCGCCAGGGCCUUCCCUCUGCUCUCUCUCCUAACUUCUCUGCAUCUGAAGAACUUGAAGGAUGUGCCUUGCUCGCUGCUGGGCUGUGUCAUCCACGCCGUGGAGACAGUGGGGAGGGCUCUGCCUCUCCCAUGGGUGCUGGUGUUAGGGUGCAUCUGGGCUUCAGGGGAGCUGUGUGCACAGCGUGGUGAACGUGGGCGCGUCAGUUGGGUGACAGCAGUGGGUGCAGGGCAUGCAUGCCAGGCUGCGUGUGGUGCGUGUGAGGGUGUGCCCAACCCUCCCUCCUUGGGGCCCUGAGCUGGCCCCACGCAGCCAGCCCACCCCCGCUCCAGUUCCCACAGACGCUCUGCUCAUGGUCUGAGGCCGUGUUGUGUGGUCGUUCUCGCCUUCUUCCUCCAUCUCCCCACUCCAAAAACUACUGACUGGCCUCCUCUAUCGUGUCUGCUGAUCCACGUGUUGGGCACAACUUUGACAUUUCUUAACAAAAAAGAGAAUUAAAAAGCGCCGAAAACCAGCGAUUGUGAUUCAGGUGGGCUGAGGGGGUCUGCCAAGGUGGUGCCUGGGUGUGUGGGGCCCCUUCCAGUGGUCAUGUGCUGGCACGUCCCCGGGUGGGUGGGCCUGGCCAGCUACUUGGUCUCUCCUCAGUGGGUGGCCCAGGCCAGGGCCAGCAGGUGGGGAGGGGGGUCCGGGCAGGGAGCUACUGUCAGCUGUCAAUAAACAGCAGAAUAUGGAGCUGCCUGGCUCACUUUUUUGGGGUAUGUACAUUGGGGCAAGUGGGGG